CGUACGGUCACUCUGAAUCAGCCGCCACUAGAACGCACGUGUUUACGUUUUUAGCAAAUUGAACGCAAUUUCUUGACUUUUUCGUACUUCUCGGGUAUAAUCUAAUAUCCGACACGCAAUAUGGGCAGAAACAAUCGCUCCCGUAAGCGCCGCGAUGAAAUGAAUAAGAUAAAGAAGGCGCGUUAUGAAGUAAAGGAGUUAAUUCGCCUAAAGAAAACUCUGGGACUCCUCGAUGCCGAUGGAAAUGAGAUCAUGAAAGAUAUUAGCGAUGUGGUCGAAAUUAAGACCUCCAAGGAGCUUAAGAGGGAGGCCAAGACCAAAGAGGAACAGGAACUGAUCUAUGAACACCAGGAAAGUCUGGAGAAGGGCGAAAAAGUCAAAGUGACCAAUGAAAACACAGGCGUGGAGCACGUUUUCAACAGCAAGACCCUCAAGGAUCAGUACGGCAAUUAUCCUUCGUGGUUCAAAAAGAAGAAGACCGCCAAGCGUCUAAGGAAGAAGCAGCACUCCCAGAAGAAGAACUUCAAGCAGGCCUGGACCACGGUUAAUGUACCCCUCUAAAUCCGGGGCAGAAUUACCCAUCUGGUAUAUAAUCAUAGUUUUUAAGUCCUCGCUUAGAUUAGGUAAUUUUGUAGGCUUUUUCUACAAAGAUGUUAUAGCUAAGAGUUCAUAUUUCAAAUUAAAGACCUCACAAGUUUUAAAACAAA